UAGAGAGAAAGAUAUAUAGAGAGAGAGAGAAUGGGUGAAUGGGGCCAAGCUUAGAGAGAGAAAGAGGAGAGAGAGAGGGGCAUAGAGGAGUCCGUCGUUCUCCUAUGCGAUCUCUCUCUUUCUCCUCCUUAGUACAUAAUUUCUCUCUCUCUCUCUCUCUCUCUCUCUCUCUCUCUAUACAUAUUCUAUAUAUAUACACACAUUGCAUGUGUAAAUGGUUUCAAGCUUCUUCUCGCUGUUCACGUGCAUGGCGCCGGCGAUGGAGGAGCGCCGCGACGCCAUCGAGGAAGCGCCCGUGCCGAGAGCAGAAUCCGAUCGGGGGGUCAGCGUAGCCGUCGACGGAGGCGGCGGCAGCGAUCGCGGGGCGACGUCAGAGCAGAGCUACGGCCGGGUGGCUGUGAUCGGCAGCGGCAACUGGGGCAGCGUCGCGGCGAAGCUCAUCGCCUCCAACGCCGCCAAGCACCCCAUGUUCCAUGAUGAAGUGAGGAUGUGGGUGUAUGAAGAAACAUUGCCGAAUGGCGAGAAGCUCUCUCACACCAUCAACCAAACCAAUGAGAAUUGCAAGUAUUUACCGGGAAUUAAGCUCGGCGUAAAUGUAGUAGCAGAUCCUGACCUAGAAAAUGCAGUUAAAGAAGCGAAUAUGUUGGUGUUCGUGACGCCGCAUCAGUUUGUGGAGGGCAUAUGCAAGAGGCUUGUGGGGAAAAUAAGGCCGGGGGCCGAGGCCAUUUCGCUCAUCAAGGGAAUGGAGGUCAAAAUGGAAGGACCAUGCAUGAUUUCCAAAUUGAUCUCCGACAUGCUCGGCAUCAACUGUUGUGUCCUCAUGGGGGCUAAUAUCGCUAACGAGAUUGCUGUCGAGAAGUUCAGCGAAGCGACAGUCGGGUAUAGGCAGGAUAAGGAAGUGGCGCAAAGAUGGGCUAGACUGUUCGGCACAUCAUAUUUCCUAGUAUCUGUCGUACAGGACGUCGAGGGAGUAGAGCUGUGCGGAACGCUAAAGAAUGUGGUGGCUAUUGCGGCAGGUCUUGUUGAUGGCUUGGACAUGGGAAACAAUACCAAGGCCGCGAUAAUGAGGAUUGGUUUGAGGGAGAUGCGCGCUUUCUCCAAAUUGCUCUUCUCGUCGGUUAGGGACAGCACAUUCUUCGAAAGCUGCGGCGUCGCUGAUCUGAUCACUACGUGCCUAGGGGGGAGAAACCGAAGAGUUGCCGAGGCAUUCGCAAGAAGCGGCGGCAAAAGAUCAUUCGAUGAGCUCGAGGCGGAACUACUGCAAGGCCAGAAACUGCAGGGCGUGUCGACGGCGAAAGAAGUGUACGAAGUUUUGAGCAACCGAGGAUGGCAGGGGCUGUUUCCGCUCUUCACGACAGUGCACGAGAUCUGCGUCGGCGAACUGCCUCCGACGGCGAUCGUCGAGUACAGCGAGCACUCGCCGAAUGUAUCCAUCAUGGAGGGUUUCACUCAACAUUACUACUGAACAUCAUACUAUAACAUUUUGUUACCAAUUAUAUUGGAAUGUUCACAAAAUCAUGUAACUUGAGAAAACUUAUAUUUGUAACUGGGCUAGGUUGAAGUA